GCUGCGCGCUGCUCAGCCACCGUCUCCUUCCCCGCGUCCUCCGGUCUACGUGGUCUGCCCGCUGUCUCUUGGCCUUCUUGACUUGUAUCAUACACCAAACGCGUGUCAUUUCACCGGUUGUCUCGACGUGGUGCAGGACGCCUACGCUAUGACUGCAGUCGAACAGAACUUCUCGGGCGCGCUUGCCACAUGGAAGGACAUCAACUUAUCCGAACUCCAAAAGACUCUUGAUGCCCAGGGCAUCGAGCUCGUGGACAACCAGAAGGAGAGCGUGGUCGGCCGUAAAGCACUCGCUGACCGUACCAAGGACUUCAAGAAGAUCCCUGAAGAGGAGAAGCUCACCGCCUUCAAGACGCUGCUGAAGGCCUAUCAGACUGAGAUUGACAGCCUCACAAAGCGCUCCAAGACGGCUGAGAAUGCCUUCCUCAAUGUCUACAAGGUUCUAGCCGAGGCACCCGACCCUUACCCUCUGUUGGAAGCGGCUGUUGAUCAAACCGUCAAGGUCGCUGAGGCGCGUGAGCUCGAAGCAGACUUGCAGCGGAUGCGCGACGAGAAUGUCGAGCUACGCAAGCGACUCAAUGAAACUGCGUCGCUGGAAGCAGCGAAACGCAAGGCGGAUGCGCGCAUUGAGCAGCUUGAACAAAAGAUGGAGGAGAUGAUCCAGGAGAAGGUCACGCAAAAGGAAAACGAGCUGAAUGCUACCUACGACGAGAAGAUGCGCAACUACGAAGAGCGAGAGCAAGACCUUCAGAGGCAGGUCACCUUGACGAGGAGCCAGCUCCGGGACCUCCGCACUUCGAACGAGUCUAACCAAGCGAAGCUGAUCGACCAUACGCAACGUCAAGACCAAGAAGUCGUCGCGAAGCUCGGCGAACUCGACAUGGUUGUCGCUGACCUCGAACAGGCCAACAGCCGCGUUGCGACUGUCGAACGGCGAAAUGUUAACGGCACCAAUGUAUACAGGAUCAAGGAGUUCGAAGCGAAGGUCGCUGAACUGGAGUCUGAGACUGACCAGCUGUCUCGCAGUGGCCUCAAGAAGGCUGAGGAGACUGCUCGAGAGCUGCAGAAGAAGGUCGAUCAGCUCAGGGCCAAGCUCAAACAGUACAGCGACUAUGACGAAGUCAAGCGCGAGCUCGAGAUCAUGAAGCGAGGGCAUACCAUCAACGGGAACGGUGACGCUCUCGGUCUACGGCUGCCGAACCCCAACGCCGAUAAAGCGAACGCCCAGACCGGGAAGUCGUUGGAAGUCCUGCUCGUGACGAAGAACAAGCGGAUCCAGGAGGAGCUGACGAAGUUCAGGAUUCUCCACGGCGAGCUCGAGGCGUCCGUGAUGGCGGCGCAGGCUCAGCUCGCUGUUACGGAAUCUGAACUCGAGAAGCAGCGGAUGCUUAGCGAGAAGCUCGAGAAUGACUUGCUCCAGAUGGAGCAGCGGAAACAGAAUGGUGACUCAGGCUUGUCCGAUAGUCCACGAAUUGGGUCAAUGGAUGGACUUGCUGGGAUUGAACUGGGGAAGAAGACGGAUUCCCCGGCGAGGAACACGCCUAUACCAUUUGCAUCGUCCGCCGAUACAUCGAUCCUGCCAAUCGUCACAAGCCAACGCGACCGUUUCAGACAGCGGAAUGCCGAAUUGGAAGAGGAACUGCGGAAGCAAUUCAACAUCAUCUCAGAGCUUCGCACUGAGGUCAAAAGUCUCCAAGCUGACAAUCUCAAGCUGUAUGAGAAGGUCCGUUACAUGCAAAGCUACAGGGAAGACGCCGCUGUGCGUCCGUCCACUCUCGACCCUAUCCCUGCGAGUGCUGGCGGCCGUGGAGACGAUAUGAGCAAGUAUCGUACUAGAUAUGAGGAAGCCAUGAAUCCGUUCCAAGCAUUCCGUGGAAGGGAAGCCACCCGAGCGUAUGAAUCGCUCAACCCUCUGGAAAGAGGGGUGCUCGUGCUCACCCGGGCUAUCCUCGGCAACCGUCGAACAAGGACAGCGUUCAUCUGCUACGCUAUUGCGUUGCAUGUUCUCGUGAUGUUCACGACGUUCGAGUGCACCACAUCAUCGGGGCCACAGCUGCAGAAGCAACCCCCUCCCUUCAUCACAUAGCCAGUCUCCGCUGAUACUCCGAGUUCUGCAUGUUUGAACGCAUGGACUUGUCAUUGCUAUCUGUCUCACACACAUCGUUCGCAUAGUACAUUGGGAUAAUGUCAGUUCUUUAUUGUCUGA